AUGGCGCGCCAGUACCUCGCGCUCGCGCUGCUGCUGCUCGCGGUCACCAUCUCGACGACCGCCGUGACAACAGCGAAUGGCGCGACGCUCGUCAUCAGCAACAUCGACCGCAGCCUGACGGUCGACAACUACACCAUCUACGGCCAGACCAUAUACGACAACGAAACCGGCGCCCUCGUCAAGCCGACGAAGAACCCCGACGGGUCGCUCACGGUGGAAGGCAAGUACACGUGGUACCCGAACGGCACCAUCGCCGCUCCUGGUGUGACUAUAUACAUCGCCGGCGCGGCCAGCUUUGUGGAGAUUGCCAACACGAAGCUGUUCGGCAAGGGCGGCAUUGCGCGAAACGCGGCGACGGGCGCGGUGAUCCCGUGGGUUGAGAAUCCCGAUGGCUCGUUCACCGCCGGCGACAUCACCGGCUGGGCGAACGGCACGUUCCGCGGCUCUAAUGGCGUCGUGCUGCGAACACGACUCUCGUUCAAACCAACGAAUGGCGGCGGAAGCACCGGUAGCGGCGGAGGCACGGGCACCGGCGGAAGCACGGGAACAGGCGGAGGCACGGGCACCGGUGGUGGCACGGGCACCGGCGGAAGCACGGGAACAGGCGGAGGCACGGGCACCGGUGGUGGCACGGGCUCCGGCGGAGGCACGGGCACUGGCGGAGGCACGGGCACUGGCGGAAGCACGGGCACUGGCGGAAGCACGGGCACGGGCGGAGGGACGGACACCGGCGGAGGCACGGGCACUGGCGGAAGCACGGGCACUGGCGGAAGCACGGGCACUGGCGGAAGCACAGGCACUGGCGGAAGCACGGGUACGGGCGGAGGCACUGACACCGGCGGAAGCACGGGCACUGGCGGAAGCACGGGCACUGGCGGAAGCACGGGCACCGGCGGAAGCACGGGCACUGGCGGAAGCACAGGCACCGGCGGAAGCACGGGCACCGGCGGAAGCACGGGCACCGGCGGAAGCACAGGCACCGGCGGAAGCACGGGUACUGGCGGUGCCACGGGCACGGGCGGAGGCACCGGCACGGGCGGAGGCACCAGUACGGGCGGAGCCACGGGCACGGGCGGAGGCACCGGUACGGGCGGAAGCACGGGCACUGGCGGAGGCACGGGCACGGGCGGAAGCACAGGCAGUGGCGGAGGCAUGAACCCUGACGGCAGUGUGGCGUUGGGCGCGGACUACAAGGUGCUGCCCAACGGCAUGGUGGUGGACUCCUCUGGCAAACCCGUCAAGCCCGUCGCCAAUCCCGAUGGCUCGUUCACCGUCGGCGGCAAGUACACUGCCUACCCCAACGGCACGAUUGUGGGUCCCGGCGGGUCGGUGGUAGAAACCGGCAAGAAAUUCACCGUCAAUCCAGACGGCACCAUCGCUGUCACUCCCGACCCCAGCAGCACCAACCUGACUGUCAACCCCGAUGGCAGCCUGUCCUUCGGACCGGGCUACACCAUGUUACCUAGCGGCCUGGUGGUUGACUCCACUGGAGCUUUUGUCACGCCCACUCUCAACCCGGAUGGGUCGUAUUCUGUUAACGGUGACUACACGGUGUACACCAAUGGCACGGUCACUGCUCCCGGUGUUUCAAUCGCCACUGUCUCCGGCGCGCCUGAAUACACAAUUGGCGGCACGACGAUGCUGGCGAAUGGCACGGUGCUGGACGCGGCUAGGAAGCCGAUCAAGCCGAUGGCGAACGCAGAUGGGUCGUUCACAGCGGGUGACAUCACAGGGUUUCCGAACGGCACACUUUUGGGCGCCAACGGUGCGGUUGUCAACACUGGCAAGCAGUUCGCCGUUGCCCCUGAUGGCACCAUCGCCGUCACCUCUCCUGCGCCUGGCUCCAUCCCUGCGCCUGGCUCCAUCCCUGGCCCCAUUCCCUCGGACCCCAGCAGCACCAAUCUGACGUUCAACCCCGAUGGCAGCCUGUCUUUCGGGCCCGGCUACACCAUGCUGGCAAACGGCACGGUGCUUGACUCCUCUGGAGCCCCUGUUGCUCCCAUUCGCAAUCCGGAUGGGUCCUACUCCGUCGGCGCUGGCUACACUGCCUACCCCAACGGCACGCUCGCAGCUCCUGGUGUUGCCAUCGAUCUCGUCGGCGCGCCUGGGUACACAAUAGGUGGCACGAAGAUGCUGAAAAAUGGCACGGUGCUGGACGCGGCUGGAAAGCUGAUCACGCCGACAGAUAAUGGGGAUGGGUCGUUCACAGCGGGGGACAUCACAGGGUAUGAGAACGGCACACUCGUGGGCGCCAAUGGUGCGGUGGUCAACACUGGCAAGCAGUUCACCAUCGGCCCCGAUGGCACCAUCACUGUCACCUCUGCUGCCCCUGGUUCCAUCCCCGCGCCUGGCUCUGCCCCUGCGCCUGGUUCUAUCCCUGCGCCUGCGCCUGCGUCUGGUGGCUCUGAGCCUGCACCUGGAUCCCAGACUGCACCUGGAUCCCAGACUGCACCUGGCUCUGAGACUGCUCCUGGCUCCAGCCCUGCUCCUAGCUCCAGCCCUGCUCCUAGCUCCAGCCCUGCACCUGGGUCCAACCCUGGUCCCACUCCCUCCAACCCCAGCGGCACCAGGCUGACGUUCAACCCGGACAACACCUUGUCCUUCGGGCCCGGCUACACUCUCUUGCCCAACGGCACAGUCACUGACUCCACUGGCUUUGCUGUCUCUCCCACUCGCAACCCAGACGGCUCCUUCACUGUCGGCGGCGACUACACUGCCUACCCCAACGGCACGCUCACUGCUCCUGGCGUUGCUGUCAGCAUGGCCGGCACGACCGCUGUCACAAUUGGCAGCACGACGAUGCUGGCCAAUGGCACGGUGCUGGACGCGGCGGGAGCUCCCAUUGUGCCGAUGGAUAACGGGGAUGGGUCGUUCACGGUGGGUGACAUCACAGGGUUUGGGAACGGCACACUUGUGGGCGCCAACGGUGCCGUGGUCAACACUGGCAAGCAGUUCGCCAUCGGCCCUGAUGGCACCAUCACCGUCGGCGCUCCUGGCUCUGCCCCUGCGCCUGGCUCCCUCCCCGGCCCCGUUCCUUCCCCGGGGCCUCCCCCUUCCAGCGGCGGCAGCGUGACGUUCAACCCUGAUGGCAGCCUGUCGUUUGGACCCGGCUACACUCGCUUCCCCAACGGCACGGUUGUGGACUCCGCCGGUGCGCUUGUCUCCCCCACCAAGAGCACAGACGGAUCUGUCUCUGUGGGCGGAGACUACACCUUCUACCCCAACAACACCUUCACUGCACCCGGCCUCUCCUUUGCUCAGACUGGUGGGCGCCUCACCAUCGGAGCCACGACCAUCCUGGCCAAUGGCACGGUGCUGGAUGCAGCAGGGCAGGUGAUUCAGCCAACGGUGAACUCGGAUGGAUCAGCAGCGACGGCGGGAGAUCUGACGGUGUACAGCAACAGCACCAUCACUGGGACGAACGGUGCGGCUGUGAAUACCUUCAGAAAGACCACCAUCAGCCCCGAUGGCACCAUCAGCUUUGGUGACGUCACUCCCAGCCCCAGCCCCGGCACCACUCCUGCAUCUCCUACUCCCUCCUCCCCAGCUGCCGCACCGCCACCACCCAAGCCUGCUGGUUCUCUCACUUCACCGGUCACUGUCUUGACCACCGCAAUCACUGUUGCGCUCAGCUCCCUGCUCUUUGUGUAG